GCGGCUGGUAACCAGGGCGACGGCGGGUGGGGCGGGCCGCCGGCUCCCAGCUCUCUGGGUGCUCGCCGUGCCGGAGCGUCCGCCUCGCGGGCCGUGCGGGGUCCGAGCCGCCCCCAGAUCGAGGAUGGAAGAGCCACAGGGGUUUUUCUCCACUGGUGACGGCUGCGUCGGUGACACGGUCACAGAAAGGUGCCUGGUCGAAUCUAAGGAGCCCGUGUCCCAUGUUCAGCUUGCUUGUGGCCUGUGGUUCUGCGCUUUCCCCUUAGAUGGGAAUGAACUUUGCGUGUGGAGCACCAAGGACCCUUCUUACCAGCGGGGCGUGGAAGACUCAGAAAGACGUGUCCCGGAUAUUACGUGCCAUCGUUGCGAUUGUAACAAGCCUCUAACCCUAAGAGGACACCGUCAGCCGAUCACCGCUGUGACAUUUGGAAAUACAGGGAGUCCACUUCUCAUCUGUUCCGCAUCACAGGAUUAUGUUAUGUUGUGGAGUCUGGAUGAGUGCAGACAGAAGGUGCUUCUAGGGCUGACUCCUCGAGGGCUCGUCCUGGGCACCCUUCUGGGGAAGGUGCUGUAUUUGAGGCUGAGCCCGGACGACCGAGCAGCUGCGGUGUGUGCCGGGAAUAAAAUCUUUAUGCUGGAUACCGAGAGCCGGUCUACACUAGCUGUGCUGGAGGGUCACCGGGGCCCCGUGACUGCAGCUGAGUUCUGUCCAUGGCAAACACAUAUCAUCAUUUCAGUGUCUGAAGACAGAAGCUUUAAGGUCUGGGACCAUCACGCGGGAUCACCACUGUACAGCUCAGCAGUGCUAACAGCCUCCCCGCUCCUGAGUCUCCUCGUGGAUGAAAAGAGCCAGCAGUUGGUGGCGGGAUGUGCAGACGGGCAGCUUUGGGUCUUCAGUUUGGUUGAAAGACAUCAUUAUCGUUGUGUGACCCGAGUUGACCUAAAGAAGAAGAGAGAGACUUUCUCCAGGAGGGUCGAGUCCAGGUUGUGCAGCCUGCCAGUUCUGUUCCUAGAGGAGAAUCGGCGUCCCUGUGCACACGGCCUGGAGAAAGGAGAGGACAUGGAAGGAAGCCUGCCUGUCCUGGGCCUGGCUCCCUGUGACCUUUCGCUCCUGCUCAGUGCUGAGUGUGGAUGCCUGCCUUCUGAGAGUGCCCCGUGCCUGUGGGUUGGAAGCUCCUCUGGCUUACUCAUACUUAACUUGGCGAACUUCGAAUUGGAAGGCGUUUUACGUUACAAGGAUUUCAGGAGCCUCAGCGUUCAGGUUGCAGGAUCGUGCGCAAUGAUGAGCAAGGCCGGCGAGCAGAAGGCCAUCUGCUUGCUGACGUCCAUGUUUGGCGGUCAGAUCGCCGUGUUGGAAAUCCGUCUCGCGGCUCUGGUGCGGUCUCGGCAAGGUCUCGGCGCCGGAAGGAGCCUGUCGGUGCUGCCUCGUGGCUGUGUCCUGUCCACGUCUCCGCUGCACUUCCGAAUCGCUGAGGAGCACAGGACCCCACCGGCGCCUCAGCGACGGUCCGCGGUACGGAGCACCGUUCAGGACCAGCCUCUGGUUUUCCACGGCAAAGUGAGGUCAUCUGGGUAUGCGACCGCCCCGCACGUCACUGUGUUUUCACCCAAGACCAACACCAGGAAUAACGGUGACAGCCCUUCACGCCGCAGGGGCAGUCACAGGUGUAAGGAGUACCCUCUGGAGAGUUCUCCGCCAACCAGACUCCACAAGCAGCGUGUCCUUGCCCACGGGCCAGCCGCCGCGCUCUGUGUCCAGUUCUCAGGAGAUGGGCGGUGGCUGGCCUGUGGCUUAGCCAACCACUUGUCGCUGGUCUUCCGUGCUGAUCUUACUGGGACACCUGCUGUCUUCUCAGGUCACGACGGGGCAGUGAGCACCGUGUGCUGGAGUCAUGACGGCCGGUGGCUGCUGUCCACUUCCCUGGACGGGACGCCGAGGGUGUGGUCGCUGCGUAGGGCGGAGCUCGUGCUGUGUGUGGGCAGAGACCUGCUCCCGAAGCCCAUCCAGUCCGCCCAGUUUUACUACCUGGACGCUUUUAUAUUGUGUUCUUCUGGCCCUGAACUUCAGCUCCUGAAGUGUCACAUUGACACGAGCAAGGAUGAGAUAAGAAGGUACAAACAAAGGAGCAGGUGCAGGCCCGUUUUCAGGCUCCCCACAGCUGGCCCAACAGAGAUCACCAGCCUGUCCGCCGCGAACGACUUUUAUUCCUACCUGGUGCUCACCGCGGGCCGGGACAAGACCGUGGAGGUGUUCGACCUCAAUGCGGGCCGCAGUGCAGCCGUGAUAGCGGAAGCCCAUUCACGGCCUGUGCACCAAAUCUGUCAGAAUAAGGGAUCGUCAUUCACGACCCAACAAUAUCAGGUUUAUAACCUUUUUGCCACCACAGCCAUUGGCGAUGGGAUAAAGCUGUGGGACUUGAGAACCCUGAGAUGUGAGCGCCGUUUUGAAGGACAUCCGAACCACGGAUACCCAUGUGGAAUCGCUUUUAGCCCUUGUGGACGCUACGUGGCUUCUGGUGCCGAGGACAGACACGCGUACGUGUAUGAAAUGGGCUCGAGCACGUUUUCUCACAGACUGGCCGGACACACGGACACCGUCGCUGGCGUGGCCUUCAGCCCGUCAGCCCCCCAGACUUUCCACCCACGUGGUUGUCACGGGAGCAGCAAAGACUCAACCCCUGACCCUGCGUAGGCCACGUUUUGAAGCUGGAACUCAGAGGAAGCGGUGGCCGAAGCUGAAGGCCAGCAGCGUAAGUGAGAUAAGACUUCUGUUGCCAUCUGUCCGCAGCUGUGGCUUUUCCUGACUCCGAAAUCCAUUUCUGUUGUUGAGCACCUUUAGACAUUCCAAUAACCAUAUAAUAAAAUGCCUGUCUAUUCAACUCGUCCAAGCUGGCUUUCUGUCCCUCACCACCACGAAAGUGAGUCACACGUCUCUCCAGGCAGAGCAGUGGGACAGUCUCCCUGUCCCCCUUCUCGGCUCAGCAUGGGCACGUGGCUCCAGAGGGACUCGGCUCGCAUCCCGUGGGUUUAGACAAACCUCUCUCACUCGCGUGCCAGCUUCCUGUCGUAGCCCCAGCCCCACAGGGCACCCAGACCGCAGGGACCCACUGAUGCAGACAGCCGGGGACACACCGCUUGUGUUCCGCUUACACGGAUGAGGGCCUGACCUUCAGAGGUGGAAUUCCUCGCCAAACUCAAGCGAAACUCACAGGACUCGGAGCUACUGUGUUCAUCCCCCGGACACUGUUGCUUUUCGUAAUGUUCAAAAGUUUGGAUAUAGAAGUGACUCAGCCAUCUGAAAGUUAUUUUUCCGUUGUUUGAAGAUCUGUUCUAAGAAAGGGUUAUUAAUGUUGUAAGAUGUCAUUAGUAUGAGAUUUGUAGCAGUGUUUUGCAGACUGAGGUAUUUAGGACAGAUAAACCGCAUUUUUUUGUCUUUGGUCCCAGAUGUGUGUGGUUCAUCAUCGUCUCUGAUACAGUUCGAGGAAAGAGAAGUUUUAAAAUAAAUUUAAUACAUGUCCGUGAGUGUAAGAUUAUUUGGGGACUUGUGAGUAAGUGAAGUUUUGCUCCAGUGUGAAAUCCGACUUUCUUUUAACCGUUUCUUUGAAAUAAGAACUAAGUUCUCCUUCCAAAACAAUAAACAUUCUCAGGCCACAGUCUGAACUGUAAGCAUCAGUCUGUUUCUCUUGGGUUAUGUAAGUUGUAUACUCGGUCUGAAAACUGCAGAGUUUUGUAUCUGUCCUUUCUCUGUUUGGUCCUACACCGGUGCCAAUGUGGUGACCUCCGAGUGCGCCCAGGCGCCUGGUUCUGGCAGGUGCUCUACACGCAAGAACCGAUACGGCCCUUCUGACGCCUGGGUCGGUCGUGUCACCUGGUGUUCAUCCCAAACAGAGGUCGAGAGAGGGCACUUGCCCCAUACUGGAUGACAAAUGUAUGGUAGGACCAAGGUCUGACUUCAUAGCACACAUAUGUCCGGGUUCAGAGCACACGGAAACUCCGGAGAGGAUUUAACAUUUUAACCAAGUAAUGAAAGUCUGGAUGCCUCCGCACUACCUCCGAUGGCCCCACCAGUGUCCUAUCGGGCAGGAUAUCUCGACUGAUUCCAGUCUUCUAAUCGGUGUCCGUGGAGACCUCCACCACACGGGGCACUGCCUGUGGGCUGCG